ACCAUGUUAAACGUGUUAUGGGUAACACCCACUUAACUUUCGAAGAGAUAAGCACACUAUUUGCACAGGUGGAAGGUAUCCUUAACAGUCGCCCGUUGUGUCCUUUAUCCUCUAGUCCUAACGAUUUUCUUCCCCUCUCUCCAGGGCACUUUCUUAUUGGACGACCAAUCACUGCAUUACCUGCACCUGAGCUAGUGGAACAGAAGACGACCGCACUCCAACGAUAUGCUCGUCUUGAACAAAUAAGGCAACAUUUCUGGCAGCGCUGGCACAAAGAAUACAUCUCGGAACUGCAACAACGUUCCAAGUGGCGAACAAAGUAUGGACCAGCUUUGAAGAUUGGAGAUUUGGUCCUACUUCAAGAGGAAAACUUGCCUCCCUUAUGCUGGCGUCUUGGACGAGUUGCUCGUCUCUACCAUGGACCUGAUGGUGUGGCACGAGUGGCUGAUGUUAACACAACCAGGGGCUGCCUUAGAAGACCCCUCACCCGCAUCUGCCCACUUUUGGACGACGAAUCUGUUGAAAGGAAAUCUUUCAACGCGGGGGAGGAUGUUUAGGCUUUCAUUCAUGAGAAGAUUUAUUAUUACAUAUAUUUCAAGUUAAAGUUUUAUUCUACAAAGUUGCAACACAAGAAAUUAGUUUUUUACAACUGGUAUCACCGUUCCUGCCCAGGCGUCACUUUACUUGCAAGAGAGAAUCGAAGCCAUCAAAAUGGAGUCGAAUAAUCUAGCAUUAAUUUAACAAAUUAUUCAUAUUCAUAUUCAUGUAAGCGCAA